AUGAAUUCGCCGAUCUCCAGCAGUGCCUCGAUAAAUGAGCUCCUCAUCCCGCCACAGUCCGACACAGCGCUUGAAGUUCAGCUUGACUUGGAGAGGAAGAGUAGCAUCAGUCGGUUGAAGGAGUUCUACUUACGAAGGCUCUCGCAAAGCGAAACUGCUGCGGUUUCACGGCUACGGGCGAAGUCGACAACUUUCUCCAGCCCACGACGGUCGCCAAGGAUCCUGCCACGUGAGACCGAAUGGGAGGUGGCCAGCAGCAAAGGCUUCAGCAAGGCCUCCGAGACUUGCUCGAGUGUGCAGACAUCUCCGUCCUCGAAUCCACAAGAGUGUACCAAAGCUGUACCUCGCAAGAGCAUGGCUGACCUGGAUGCGAAGCUUGAGACUGUGAUGGCUGCUCUGGAAAGUAGGAUUCUGGAGUGCCUCGAGCCGAACGCAAUGCGUCAUCUGAAGCAGCUCAGGCACCACAUUGAAACGGCAUUGCGCUGGACAACGCCAGAUGUCAGCUUCAUCGGGGAGGAAACUGCCCAGCAGGUGAAGCAAUUGAACGGAACGGCCCGUGUUUUGGCACCUGGCGUGUACGUGUUUUCCAAGCGUGCCGAGCACUUGAUCGUCCAGAAGGAGAGAUAUCUGAAAAAGAUUGCCAAGAAAUUAGUCGUCAACGAGGCUUGCAUUGGGGCUCUUGGGGCCAACAACUUGAGCUGGAGGGUUCCUCCAUCCCAGUACAACCCUGCGUCCACCAUCGUCAGUGAACUGGACAGCGAGUGUGGUACGGCUACCAUCUACGCCGACACAGUUGUCACAUGGGAUGGCCCAGACGUCGGCAACAUGCAAGAGGUGAACGAGUACCUCGCAUUGAAGACUGAAGAUGAGCAGCGGCGCUGGUUCUAUUCGCAGUGCCUCGCCGCAAAGAUGAAUGCAGCAGAUCAGGCAAAAGCAAGAAAGACGUUGGUCUCUGACCUCUACCUGAAAGUGAAGCUUGGGUCCUACGAGCGCGGGCAGGAUUUCUUGGCCCGGGCCAAUGUCCCGGACAAGUUAGCGAAGGAUUUAGCAGAUCCGUAUUGUGAUCCUUCCGUGCGACUCUGCGUGACACGCCUGCUUGGGUUUAUCGCAGGACGAAGCGCUGCAUCAGCACAACUUCUUCUCAGCAGUCAUGAGGCACCGUUUCCACAGUCGAUUGCUGGCAUGCUCGACAGCCGAGAUGUUUCGGAGAGGCUUUGUGCGAUCAAUGCUUGGGCCACUGCUUCGCUGCAGUCUGAGGGCCUCAGCUUCUUUCUGAGGUGGACGCCGUUGCUGCAGGAGAUGGUGUCCCUGGUCAGCGCAACGCAGAAUGAAGUGGCCAAGGCGGCCAUGGAUGCCUGGGCCACGAUUCUGCAGGACCGAGUGCCGAUCACUGAUAGCAUUGACGAGGCAACAAACGUCUGCGGCAUAUCUCAGAUUCUCGUGUCAGUUUCGUCAUGCUUUUGCCAGGAGCCCGCGGAUUGGCAGCAGUUCUAUGUGAACUAUGAGGAACUGAAGCAGGCCGUGAUCAACAUGGCAGAGGAGGAAGAAGAAGACCCGUGUUCCGGACGAGGCCGCCUCAUGACGGCAGACAUGUUGGAUGACACGACAAAGAUGGGGCGCUUUCAGGGGAUGCUCCGUGCAGAGCUGAACAAGGUGAAUGACUUUGCAUGCGUGAAGCACGAGGACAUUUUCCUCGGCCUCCGGAAGGUGUGCGCUCAGUGCAAGAAGCUGCAGCCAGACGAAAUACAGAACAAGGCCGCGAACAUUCGAGAGCUUGGCGAGCAAAUUGUCCACCUAGAUUCGUUUGUACGGCUGAACUACGUGGGUUUCCAGACGCUCACUGAGAAGUUCGACGACCUCCUGGGCACAGCUGGCAGUGCGCUUUUUGUGUCAGGUCUUCACUGCGAGCCUUUCUGUAACAUUCGCUUCGAUGACAUUUUGAUUCUGCUGGGAUUGGCAUGGGCGCUGUGGCGCACGGCGCAAUCCUCUGAGCAAAGCAAGGAUGCGACCUGGAAGCCGCCCGAGAGCUUCAUCCGGAACACGUCGAAAUAUUGGGUAGCACCCGAGAACGUGGUCCUGUUGAAGACUCGCAUCGUGGAACACCUGCCGUAUCUGAUCUUCGGCGCAUCUCAAACAGAGCAAGAAAAGCUUCUGGAACCUUUCGCGCUCUUGGAUCUGGAGUAUGACGGCCUUGAUGACCAGAAGGCUCUCAGCGCCUACUCGGGCACAAUGGAGGAGUCGCAGCUUCUCAGCUCGGUGUACUUCGACAGUCCGGAGGCAACGAGCUACCAGGAGCGGAUCCGCCGCGAAGAGGGCGCCCGACUGGUCAGGUUUCGAUGGUAUGGCGAGAAUAGCCAGGAGCCCGACAAAGAGAUCUACGUGGAGCGAAAGAUCCACCACGAGGGCUGGGGUGGCAAGAAGUCAGCGAAAGAACGCUGCGUUAUUCCCCAGGAGGACAUCUUCGAUUUCAUGAAAGGGAAGUUUGACAUUGAUGGGUACUUCAAGCAGCUCGAGGAGCAGGGCAUGUACUCGGAAAAGGCCAGAAAAAACAUGAAGGGCAUCGCAGUUGAGGUGAACAAGUUGAUCCAAGACAAGAAACUGCAGCCCAUCAUCCGUACUUCGUAUUACAGAUGUGCCUUUCAGCUUGCGACAGACAACAAAGUCCGCAUUUCCCUUGACACGCAGAUGUCGCUUCUAAAUGAGUACAUGGCCGGAGGACACCAGAACAAGCCCUGGUGCCAUAUAGCAUCAGACAGCUUGCAGCGGGACGACGUCUAUCGCUUCCCGUAUGCCAUCCUCGAAAUCAAGCUGCAGGAUGUGUCUGAGGCUCCCCUGUGGCUCCGGCAGACACUCAACGACAUCAGCGCGAUCCAAGUUCACAAAUUCUCCAAGUUUCAGCAUGCGAUGGCAUUCCUGCACCCACAGCGAGUACCAAUUCUGCCGCACUGGCACAAAGAUUUCCUGGAGUGGCAGAACAAGAAGGACGACGCCGAAGCCAAUUUCCGACGCCGGCAGAAGCUGAGCUCUAAGGAGCGAAUCCAGAUGACCCAGGGCUCUUCCUUCACGGAGCUCGACCUCACAGUACCGGCGGUGGAGAAGGUCGUCGCUCCUCAGGGAGAGGGCCAUUUCCUGAAGGAUAUGGAGAACCUGGACCCCAAAGCGGUCUUCGCAAACGAGCGGACACUGCUGCACUAUGCGGAGAAAGGCAUGUACGUGGCUGCUGUGGCAGUCGUCGCCAUGAACCAUGACAGUCGGGACGUCAAGAUCUUCGGCCUCAUCCUCGCCGCACUAACCUUCACUUACUAUGUGUGGAUUCUGGUUGCCUAUUUUCAGCGGCUCUCGGAGAUCACCGGGCGCUCCAAAGUGGUCAAGAAUCGCGAAGCUCGCUUGGAUUGGGAAGCUGGACCAUGGCUGGCAGCCGGCAUGGUCUUGGUGGUACUUGUCUACACCUUGAGCAAGGCACAGGAGGCGCCUCGAGAGAUUUGGACAAUUGCUGAGCAGCAGGUAACUCCGUCAGUCUUGAAGAACCUGUCCGUGAAGCCCUUUCCAGAUGUGCGCCCUCACACAUGGCGCGUGCUGUCAGUCCUGGUGAGGUCCCGCUCCGCUGCGCAACAGGCCUUGCAGUCCCAGGAAGUCCAGGAGCUCCUGUUGAACUUCCAAUCCGAGACCAGCACCGAUGCGCGCUAUGCAAAGCAUGAUCUGGUGAAAACUCUGCUGCAGUGGCAUUCGAACUGGCUCAGUGGCCUCCUGGACAGCCAGGUCUUCGAGCUGAUGUCGCAGUUUGCCGAGCAGGGGCCAUACUGGGUGCCCCGCGCUGCAGGGACUGCCAUGAGAGAUGAGGCAGCCUAG